UUUAACACCUGGAAUCUCAGGCACGGCCCUGAGACCCCUGACUACUUUCUUUACUAUCCGCAGGACUCCUGCAGCUUACUUCAGGAUCGCGACAACUUAAUGUUGAAGAACAAGCGGAUCAAAUUCCGGGACAACAACUAUGAAGGCUACAAGGUGAAGAAGAAGAAGGUGGUCAAAAAGUAGGCAUAUGUUAUGGACAAAUGGGAGGGAAUCAACCAACAGCCCACGAAGCUGUGGCGCUUGUUCAAGCUGUUGGGAUCCAGAGAAUGAGACUUUAUGGUCCUGACCAUAGUGCUCUGGAGGCACUGAGAAACACUGGCAUUGAAGUUGUGCUUGGUGUCCCGAACGAACAUCUUCACAUGUUGUCCACUGGCCAGGACGGAGCUGAUCAGUGGGUUCAAGAAUAUGUAAAAAAUUAUCAAGGCGUCAAGUUUAGGUACAUUGUUGUGGGAAAUGGGAUAGCUCCGUUGCACGCUCAGACUUCUGAGUUUGCAGAGUUUCUCCUCCUCCCCGCGAUGCAAUACAUUCAGAAUGCAAUUUCUGCAAGCGGACUACAAGGCCAAAUCAAAGUCACCACCGCCCUGGAUCGGUCUGAGAUUCUUUAUCAUUUUAGCCCACCAUCCGCGGCUGAGUUUAGGCCUUACAUAAGACAGUUUAUCAAUGGCAUUAUAAGUUUCUUGGUUAACAAUGGCAGUGCGCCAUUGCUAGUAAACCUGCACCCCUACUUAGUUAUAUCAAUGUCGAGGAAGAGAUUCCAGGGAACUUGGGGCAACCAACUAAAUGGUUUGUCAAUCCUAGACUUAACUAUGCUCUGUUCCAGCAGACAGAGAGUCUGGUACGAGACGGAUCACUUGGGUACACAAAUGUGUUUGAUGCGAUGGUGGACAGUGUAUACUCUGCCCUGGAGAAGGCCAACGGCAGGAGGAGGAGAUGCAAACAUUAAAAAUGCUGCGAGUCAUAACAACCAUCUGAUUAACCAUGUGCGCAACAAUGGGACUCCAAAAAGACCUCAGAAGAGUGUCGAAAGUUAUAUUUAUAGUUUGUUUGAUGAGAACAGGAAGUAUCCGGAGGUGAAUAAGCACUGGGGAGUCUUCUGGAACAAUAAGCAAGCCAAGUAUGAGAUUCAUUUUCAGGGCUAGCUACUAGUUGUGUCUGUCUAAUAAGGUUCGGUUCACACAUUUCUGCGUGUGUUUGUGUUUUAAAUAAGGAACGUUCACUAUUCUCAGAUUUGGCUGUUCUAUAGAAUCAAAAAAAAAAUUUACUUGAAAGAACUGAACAUCUUGAUUUGCAGAAUACAAGAUGCUGGAAAAAAAAAUAAUUCUUAGUGGA